GCCGCCGGCCGGUGACUCAGAUCGCUCCCGGCCCAGUGGGCCGGGUUGGGUAGGGCGGCCCGGGAAGCUGGGUGGCUGAGGGGCGUGAUGGGAGAGGCGGUCGUGGCCGCGGGGCCUUGCCCGCUGCGCGAGGACAGCUUCACGCGCUUCUCGUCGCAGAGCAACGUGUACGGGCUGGCAGGCGGCGCCGGUGGCCGCGGGGAGCUGCUGGCCGCCACCCUUAAAGGCAAGGUGCUGGGCUUCCGCUACCAAGACCUCCGACAGAAAAUCCGGCCGGUGGCCAAGGAGUUGCAGUUCAACUACAUCCCCGUGGACGCUGAGAUUGUCUCCAUCGACACCUUUAACAAGUCGCCCCCAAAGAGGGGCCUGGUUGUGGGCAUCACGUUCAUCAAGGACUCCGGGGACAAGGGCAGCCCCUUCCUCAACAUCUACUGCGACUACGAGCCUGGCUCUGAGUACAACCUGGACUCCAUCGCCCAGAGCUGCCUGAACUUGGAGCUCCAGUUCACGCCCUUCCAGCUGUGCCAUGCAGAGGUCCAGGUCGGGGGUCAGCUGGAGACCGUGUUUCUGCUGAGUGGGAACGACCCUGCCAUCCACCUCUACAAGGAGGACGAGGGGCUGCACCAGUUUGAGGAGCAGCCGGUGGAGAACCUGUUCCCAGAGCUCACAGACCUGCCCAGCAGCGUCCUCUGGCUGGACGUCCGCAGCCUCCCGGGCACGACCCGGCGCCUCUCGGCCCUCGGCUGUCAGAGCGGCUACGUCCGUGUCGCCCACGUGGACCAGCAGAGCCGAGAGGUGCUGCAGGUGUGGACGGUCCUGCAGGACGGCCCCGUGUCCCGAGUGAUCCUGUUCAGCCUCUCGGGCCCAGACGAGCCCGGGGACGGGCCGCAUCGGGAAGAGCACAGCUUGCUGGUGGCCAGCAUGUUGGAGCCGGCCGUGGUGUACCGGGACCUGCUGGGCCGGGGCCUCAGGGACCAGCUCCUCCUGCCUGGCAGCGACCAGUUUGACAGCGUCCUCUGCGGCCUGGUCACGGACGUGGACCUGGAUGGACGGCCGGAAGUGCUGGUGGCCACCUACGGACAGGAGCUGCUCUGCUACAAGUACGGGCCCCCCGAGGCCGGGCCCCCUGAGGCCGAGCCGGGGUUCCACCUGCUGUGGCAGCGGAGCUUCUGCAGCCCACUGCUGGCCAUGGCGCAUGUGGACCUCACCGGGGACGGGCUGCAGGAGCUGGCCGUGGUCUCCCUGAAGGGCGUGCACAUCCUGCAGCACAGCCUGGUCCAGGCCUCGGAGCUGGUGCUCACACGGCUUCGGCGUCAAGUAGAGCAGAGGAGACGGCGCUCACAAGGCCUGGGGGGCGGGGCGGCUCCGGGGCCUGCUGAGUCCCCAGCCCCCUGAGCAGCCAUACCCUCCCUCUUCGUGGGCCUGGGGCCAGUCAUGGGGAGCCCCCAGGAUAGAGGGGCCCCGGCCCUGGCGAGCCCCCUCCUUCCCGUGUGCCCCAGUGUCCCACUCGGCCCCCUCCCGUCCUGACGAGACUCAUCCAGCCAACAAGGAUUUCUGUGUUGGAGGAACAAGGCUGUCACAGGUGUCGUCAUCCUUUUGUUUGGCAGGCAUCCGCUGAGCACCUGCUGUGUGCUGGGCUCCGCGCUGUCCAGAAUCCAGGGAGGGGGCCUCGUGGGCCGGGGGAGCCGGGGCCAGGCCCAGAGGCAGGGCAGACAGGCUAAAGCGAAACCGCUGUGGAGCAAACAGUGUCAAAUGUAAGGCAGGGGUCUGAGGUUAGACCCCUGUGGGAAGCCCUGGGCUUAGACCAGUGAUGAGGCUGCACGGUCCACCCAGCACAGAAGUCUGAGGUUAGACCUUUGGAGAUGCUAUCUUUAGCCCUCUUCAAAGGUCUACACUGCAGCGGGAUCCAGAGGAAGGGCUGUGGGUGGCAAGAGCUGUGUGGAGGGUCUGAGGCUAGACUCCUUAUCAGUGAUGCUGAGGCGGGACCCCGACAGUUGCUGUGCGUGGGCCCUGUGCCAAGGUUAGACCCCAGCCAGGAGCCACUGCCUCACGUCCCACCGAGGCUACGGGUGCACAGAUGGAGCCCAGGCUGUUCCCUGCUGGAGGCCACUAAGGUUCCACCAGGGGCUGGGGGAGCCCAGGAGCCGCCUCUCACUGUGCUCCCUUCCUUGGAAUUGGGAGGAACGGGGUCCGGGCUGGGGCAAGGCGGGGCCACAGUCACCCUGGCCCCUCUCGCCCCAGUCACCCUGGCCCCUCUCGCCCCAGUCUGGGGAGCUAGGAGCCCACCAGCUCUCGGCCACCUGUCCCCAUCCCGUCCCAAGGAGCCAGGCCCAGGCCGGGGAGGCUACAGGAAGCUGGAUCCUCUCCCUGCCCUGGCAGCAGGCCUGAGGGCGCCCAGCCAGGGCCGGCAGUGGGCAGGAGCAGGGUCUCUUCCCACCUGCCGGGCUGCGUGGGCUGGGCUCACACUCCCGUCCCUGGGAGGGGAGGGAGUGAGGGGUGCCCUGGGGAAGCCAGCAGGUGUGCGUGCUCAUGUCUGCUUCAGGACCCCUGAGUGUGACCGCGGGACCGGCCUGGACCUUUGCAGUCUGCUUCCUGUCCCUGCCAGUCCCCAGCCUGGGGCACGAGUGGUGCCCCGAGUAGGGGUGCGGACCCUGGGGCAGCACUUCGCCCGCCCCCUCUACCCGGUGCCUCUGUUUGUCGGUAAAAAUGGAGCUAAGGGUAGCCUCUACCCCCCAGGGCUGGCAGGAGGGUUGAUUGUGUCUACAUGUGUCAGGCGCUUA